UAAAAACACAAAAAUCAAUGAACCAACCAAUCAAUCAAACAGCUAAUAAUCAGUUAAAGAUUGGUUUAAACACACAAAGGGCAGCGCUGACCAAUCAGAACGCUGGUCACGUGAUUCCUCUUGAUUAGUGCCGAUGAAAUCAAAUCACUGCUCAGGUAUAAAGGCAGAGCCAUCAGGACAUGGUCUGCAUUCAGAGGCCUGCUGCCAAGAGGACUUUGUCUCUCUGGGUUCUCAACUCGCAUCAGGAUUCUCCACUUGCAUCAGGAUUCGGCUGCAAGGAGGUAGGUGACUUUCUUUCUGCUAUUUGUGCUUGUGAGCAAAAGAGUUGGUUUUUUUUUCCUCAAAGGUUUUCAAAAGGGACUGGAGUUCUGUGUAUAUAUACACACACUCGCCCUAACAAUUUACCUUGCUAUGGAAAUGCGUACAUUGUGCCCUUACUUCGCAUUUGAAAGUUGACGUUGCUGUACUAAUUUUCUUUCACUUGAUGUGAAGUCAGUGUUUCUUUUGUCAUCCGCUUAUUCUCAAAUAGUCUGUAUUCUUUUCUUGAGGUUUGGCUGGGACCCCUCCACGAAGAGACCUUCUGUUCCAGUGAGGCCUGACAAUCAAGAGAGGCCUCCGAGGUACUCACAGCCCUUCCACCUGCCAGGAAGGAACCUCUCAGAGCUGCAGGCUGAGGCAGAUCCCAGCCCAGAGAGCCGUCUCCAGUCUCCACCGGGGAAACACUCGAUUUUCUUGGGGCACAGAGUGCUGACCAGAGAGGAGUCCCGGUAAAGUGACAGGCUGGAAAAGAGACCAGCUCCUGCCUGCACAAGUUCAAGUCCCAGCGACUGCUUCACAGACCCAGCAAAGCUUUGCUGAAGUAAAGGAAGCGUAGGGCAGACGUCACUCCUCAGCAUCUGGGGCUCUGACGCCUACCUGAGGCCUUAGAGUCUGGUGCUUGUGGCAUUACAGCCAUGACGUCCAGGCCCUGUGGGGUCCAGAACCCAGGCUGUGCCAUUAUGACCUUCUACCCAACCCUGGAAGAAUUUGAAGACUUCAGCCAAUAUAUCGCUUACAUGGAAUCGCAAGGGGCACACCACGCUGGCCUGGCCAAGGUAAUUCCCCCCAAAGGAUGGAAAGCCAGACAGACUUAUGAGGAUAUCAGUGACAUCGUAAUAGCUGCCCCUCUCCAGCAGGUAGCCUUUGGGGAGGCAGGUGUGUUUACUCAGUACCACAGAAAGAAGAGAGCCAUGACUGUGAGCCAGUAUCACCACCUCGCACAUACUGUAAAAUAUCAAGCUCCACCACACUUGGAUUUUGAGGACCUGGAGCAAACAUACUGGAAAACGCGCCUGUACGGUUCCCCCAUCUACGGCGCGGAUGUCAGUGGCUCGUUGUUCGAUGAGAACACGAAGCAGUGGAACCUGGGCCACCUGGGCACCAUCCAGGACCUGCUGGAGCAGGAGUGCGGAGUGGCCAUCGACGGCGUCAACAGCCCGUACCUGUACUUCGGCAUGUGGAAGACCGGCUUCGCCUGGCACACGGAGGACAUGGACCUUUACAGCCUCAACUUCCUGCACUUCGGGGAGCCCAAGACGUGGUACGCGGUGCCCCCUGCGCAUGGCCGGCGCCUGGAACGCCUGGCCAGGGAGCUGUUCCCUGGCCCCGCGCGGGGCUGCGAGGCCUUCCUGAGACACAAGGUGGCGCUCAUCUCGCCCACGGUCCUCAAGGCCCAGGGCAUCCCCUUUGGCCGCGUCACGCAGGAGGCGGGCGAGUUCAUGGUGACGUUUCCCUAUGGCUACCACUCGGGCUUCAACCACGGCUUCAACUGCGCCGAAGCCAUCAAUUUCGCCACCCCGCGCUGGGUCGAUUAUGGCAAAGUGGCGUCGCAGUGCAGCUGCGGGGAGGCGCGGGUGGUGUUCUCCAUGGACGCGUUCGUGCGCAUCCUGCAACCCGAGCGCUAUGAGCUGUGGAAACGGGGCCAGGAUCGGGUGGCGCUGGAACACACGGAGCACCUGUCCUCGCCUGGCAGCCUGGAGUUGAGUGCCUGGAGGGAGGUCCGCGAGCCUGCGGGGGCUGAACUUGGCCUGGGGCACAGCCCACCCCACACUGCCCGGGGUCGGCUCUGGGUGGCAGGCCGUGGGAUCCGCCGCCGAAACUCUGUGUGUUCGGUGUCUCGGUGCCCCUCGCCUACCUGGGGUUCUUCCUCCGCUGCCCAGUUCCAGGUUGCAACUCUCUGCAGCUCCCAUGAGCCAGGACCCACCCCGCCGCUGUCACCAGGCUCCUCUGCUCUGGGUCUCCAAUCAACUGGCAGACGUGGUCCUGUUCGAUGUCGUAGGUCUCGACCCCAUCGUCGUCCUCGGGUACAGGAGACUUUGGAGCCAACAGUCCAGGCUCCAGCUAAGAGGCUCCUCUCAGUAGGUACAGUGGGCACAGCUGCAGACUUGGAAGCUCAUGUCCUUUUGGCCAAGGAACCCUUGAUAGACAGCCCUGCCCCUCAGAGCCCUGGGCUCCAGCAUCCUCAGGCUCCGGGAUGCUGCUGUGCUUCUGACCUUCAACCACUGGGGCCUCCAUUGGACCCUCAAAAUUCGAUGCACCCUGGUCCGUGCCUGCUGUCUCUGGACAAUAGUGUGGCCAGUUUCCCUGAAAGCCUCCCACUGAUUCCUUACAAUGUUUUUGAGACUUUGAGAAUGUUCCCCAGGGAUGCUGCUGGGGACCAUCGGGCCCCUAUGAGCAGUCUUGAGGUUAUAGCGCUGGACCACUCUUACGCCUCUAAGAUCCUGGUCCCAGGUGCAAAGGCCAGAAGCUGGAGCACCCUUGACUGUGAUCUCCUGAGACUAAAGCCAGAGGGAGCUGCAUUUCUUGAGUCCUGGGAGGAGUUCCUCAUCAAAUAUAGCCUGUGAUCUUUGAGCCCAUGACUGUUGAACCAUUUGCCCAUGUGACCUUAUCUGACCCUCAACCCCAGAAACCACAGAAGCUCCCCACCAGGUGAUGAUCUGGGCUGGAGAAGCCCACUGGAGAAGCUUUACCUUCUAGCAAUGACACAUUGCCCAAGCCGCCAGUGUUUUCUCCUACUAUGACAGCCAGCGCCCCAUCUGCAGGGGCCCUUCCCAUCAGGACAGCUGCCAGAGAAUGUUGGAAUUCUCAGGGAUUCUCAACCUGCUCCUGAGCACUGAUGGGCCUUUGGCCUCUGCCUUGGAUCAGAUGCAAUGGGCACUGCUUGCUUCUGCUGGCACCCUCAGGAUACCGCCCAGUGGUGGUGUGCCUCUAGUCCUUAAAAUAAUUGGGGGCAAUUUUUGGAUGAUGCUGAAAAUCUGCCUGAGCCCCUUUCACCCCCCAGUCUCAUCUGGGCCUCUGAGUCAUUGACCCUGGUGUCCAGGGACCUUGCUGCAACCUCAGGAGCUUCUCAUGCUCCUGCGAGUCUGACACAGCCUACCUCCCAGGCCACUGGUCAUGCCCGAACUAGAUCUUUGCCCAUUUGGGUCUGUUUGUGAGUUCUGUUACAUGGACAUUUUUUACCUCAUUGCUAUCUAUUAAAAUCGUUAUCCUUAGAUGUAUCUGCAAAACAAAGAAGGGUGAAAUCCUUCAAAUAUAUUUUUAGGAUCAGAAUCAUCCCCUAAAGGAAAGUCCCCUUGCAAUAACCGACCCUCUUUCAAAUCGUGUGUCUUUUAUUUUCUACAGCUUCUCAAUGCUCCUUUCUGCUAGACUGAACACUGCUGAAAUUGAAUUCUGCACAAAUAAACUUUAAAAAAAAUUUUUAAUAUGCCUCCGUUUAUCUUUUAGCAAUCUAAAACAGAGUGAUUCAAAAAGUUUAGUAAAAGACCAGGUAAAACUAUAUCAAGCAAAAUACAGACAGAAAGCAGAAGUCAUGGAUUUUAACAUUAGACAAAGUAGGAUUGAGGCUCAAAGGUACAGGAAAGAGCCCUGAAGGCCAAAUUUCACCAAGAAAGUGUAAUGGCCAGAAAUGGCUAUGAUAAAUACUUGAUAAUACUUGAUAAAAAAUACCCGAAAAGGGGAGUUCCCGUUGUGGCUCAGUGGUUAAUGAACAUGAGGUUUCGGGU